CAGGACGGGCAUGAUGGCUUCCACUUGAUCUCAGCAGAUAUCUGAGUGUUGCAGAACCCAGUGCGCCUCAGCAUGGACUCUCCGGUGAAGGCUCGGAGCAGAAGGCCGGUCGCGGCGCCGCCUGCAGCCCCCGACGGCGGCUACGCCUGGUUCAUCCUGCUCUCCUGCUUCCUCGUCUUCGGUCUGACCUUUGGGGUCGUUAAGGCCUUCGGUGUGUUCUAUGUUGAGAUACAGCGGUACUUUGAAACCACGGCGACAGGAACAUCGUGGAUCACGUCUAUCGCUGUGGCCACUAUCCACAUUGUGGCACCGUUAGCAUCCGCGCUCAGCGCUCGCUACAGCCAUCGCACCGUCGUGAUGAUGGGUGGACUGAUAUGCAGUCUGGGAGUUGCGUUGGGGGCUUUUGCUCGUAACAUCACUGAGCUCUACCUAACAGUCGGCUUCCUAAAUGGUUUCGGUUACGCAUUAACCUGGACCCCCACAGUGACCAUGUUGGGCCUUUACUUUGAGAAAAGGCGCCCGAUGGCAAACGCCUUAUCCAGCUCUGGAGAGUGCAUUCUCACCUUUGUCCUCACACCCCUGUUCCAGCUGCUGAUCGACAGCUUCUCCUGGAGGGGAGCUUUGCUGAUUCUCGCGGGUCUGCAGCUCAACCUGUGUGUGUGCGGGAUGCUGCUGAGGCCCCUAAAAGCCGCCGGAGAUGUUCGCCGUACAGUUGAAGAGACUGAGGAGAAACCUAAGUCCACCAAAGACUCAGCAGCUAAGAGGGCAGAGCUAAAGGCCAAAAUCCUCCGCUACGUAGAUUACACCCUCAUCACAAAUGCUCGGUUCAUGGUCUACUCUAUGUUUGGGGUGUUUGCCGCUCUGGGUUUCUUCGCUCCGGCUCUGUUCCUGGUUCCGUACGCUCGCAGUAAGGGCAUCGAGGAGUACCAGCAGCUGACGGCGACGGUGAUCCUGCUCGGUACGGUGAUCCUCCUGUGCCCGCUGGCCUCCUCCUUCACAGAGCUGGCUGUCUUCAGCGCCGCUUACGGUCUGGUGUACGGCGCAACGGUGUCCAUCCACAUCACCGUGCUGGCCGAGGUCGUGAGCAUCCAGAGGCUCGGGAGCGCGCUGGGGUUUUUCAUGCUGAUACGCAGCAGCGGAGGCCUGCUCGGGCCGCCCAUCGCUGGAUUCUUCAUUGACAAGAUGAGCGACUACGGGACGGGCUUCCUCAUGGCUGGCGUGGCUCUCAUCGUCUCUGCUUUGUUCCUGCUCCUCCUCCACCAGAUGAACCGAAGGGGCCGGAGCACAGACGCCAAGAACCACGACGUGAGCAUGGAUAAAGAGCUGGAGCAGGACAUGACAUGAACAUUAGUGUGUGUUCUUCUGUUGUUGAUGAAUCUGGAUCUAAAGGUUACUGUAGAAAAAAAUGGAGAAAGGCAAGGACAGUUGAGUUUUCAGUCCAAAUAAGUCAUCUGCGGCAUCGAGAGGGGGCUGUUUGUAGCUAUAGGUGGGUGACAAAUGAAAAUAAAAACCAAAAUAAAAUGUCUUAGUUACGUGUUGGCCAACGACGUACCACCGGAACAGCUUCAACGCGCCUCGGCUUCAAUCUCCAAGUCUUAAGAACUCUGUUGGACCAAAAUGUAUUCUCAUAAAGAGCAACUUCUAACAUAUCGAUAGAUGUUCCACUGGAAUGAGAUCUGAUGACUGCGAAGGCCAAAACACAUUAUUCACAUCUUCUUCAUCAAACGGUUCAGUGAAUCCUGUGGAUGGGGGAACUGUCAGUGUGAAAGAAACCUCCCCCGUAAGGAUAGAAAUCUUUCAUCCUGUCACUCAAAACAGUUUGGUAUUGAUUUGCAACUUAGGGGACAACUGGACCCAAACCGUGUCAGCAGAACAGUUCCCGUCACUGUAGAGGUCGAGGGUUUCCUUUAAUUUGUCACCCGUCUUCAUAUCUAUGGCAUCUUUAGGAAAGUAAUUACGUGAUUGGUAUGAAGUCUUUGAAGCAGCUCUUUCAUUCAGAUGCACCUCAGAGUGAAAUCCAGGCACAUUUUCAGUCAAGGGGGGGAUUUGAAAAUGCUUUAUUGUUGGACAAAUUGGUAAUCAGCCACAGCACAAAAACCACUGGCAGGUGAACUGUAUGACAUUAUAAACCUUAUUAUGGUCCAGUGUUCUGCUGGGGAAUCUUGGGUCCUGGUAUCGUGUGCAUGUGAAGCACUCCCUGAUGGCGGCAGCUUCCCCCAGCACGACAUCUAACGCACCCCGAGAGGUUAAACUGUUCUGGUGGCACAAGGGGGACCUACACAAUAACACACAAAUGGUUUUUAAUGUUGUGGCUGAUUUGUUCAUCCCUCCUCCUUACUAUCAGUAAUUUUGGUCCAGUCCCUCAAGCUGACUGGAGAAAGAGCUCACUUUCUGUAAUGCAUUAAACUACAGUAACGUUCGGCCACUUUCCUGCAGAUACGUCACUUUAUGUCACUACGCUGCAGUUAUAGAGCCUUAAAGUUCAGCCUUCAGGUUUAUAAGUUGAUUUUUUUUAAAAAGCAAAAGCAUCUGUUUUCUAUCUGUUGUCAUAAAGAAACUCUUUUGUUGUUGAA